UGGUUUCUAAACAGUCCAUAAUGGGUAGAGGUAAUUUCUUUACAAACAUAAAAAUGCAGUGGGUGGUAGGAGUUGCCAUAAAUACUAGCUGCCAGCUGCCAACUGAAAGUGUGCACUCCUUCACAUCAUCACAAAUGGCAAAGGCAGCAGUAGAGAAAGAGCCUGGCUGUACACUAGUAAUUGUCAAUCCAGCAACCCACUCCAACACUACAGGCCAGGAUCCAGACUAUGUGAAUUCGACAGCAAACCCAUUAUAUGAUCUGGUAGACAAAGAUGAUUCAGUAUUUCAUGACUAUGUUAAUGUUGACAUUUGCGUACAAAACUCCAAUGAAGUAAUCUAUGAUAACCUCAUAAAUCGUGCUGAUGAGCAUAUCUAUGAAAAUACGGCCAUAAAUCAAGAAAAUACAAAUAAUGAAUCUGUUGAUGGAGCAGGGGAAGAUGAGAAUGAACCAACAGUAGAGGUACAUGUACAUGUUGAGCAGCAUGGAGAUGAAAGUUCCACAGAUUUGCCAGAACUUGAACCCACACAUCUAGUGAAUGUAUUUUUGAAUAGUGACAUCACAGUUGGAACUCUGAACACUUUACGUGUUAUGCUCCAAGUUUCAAGGGCUAGACUACCAAGUGAUAAUAGUCUAGCAAUGCAGGCAAUGGAAGUGAUUAGUGCAUGGGUAGAUGAGCAUCCAGAAAUAUCGCUGCAGGAAAAGCACAGAAUACUAGCUGAUCAUUUGAGAAGUCUAGAGCUGAACUACUUGAUACCAAAACUCCGUGGGGAGGAAAGAUUCAUUGGAGCUGAUCCCCAAGGAAUUACAAAUUAUUUAAGAGAUGUUACAAGGACUUUCUCCACAAGCCAGGCUCGUGAGUUUGGACGGUCCUUGAAGCUAAGCAAGAAGAAAAUUGAAACAAUAUCUCGUAGCACAGGAGCAACAACAGGGAUGGAACUGGUCCUGCAAAUAUUUGAUCACGUCAACCGAAACAACACUCACCUUAAUGGACCCUUAAUGAGCGAGAUAGAAGAAUCCCCCCCUGCAGCUGCUAAGCUCAACACCAACCCAACAAGGGGAACAUUGAGGAAAUACCAUAAUAGGCUAG